UGACUUUUCCAGUACCUCCACCCCAUCACACAUCCACAGACAAUCUUUAUAUCAAUAGAGCUCUGCUAGAUCGGACAGAGGGUGUAAUCAGACCUAAAGUGAGGCGGAGAUUUCUGAGAUCCUCCAGGCAAAACACAAUACCAAGGACGAAAGCCGGAGCGGCUCACAUGAUUGUGCUGUGACUGUCUUCUGAGGCGGUGGGUGUGUGAAUAUGUGUUGUUGAACCGAUGAGAACGCCAGCUUCUCACUGCUCCCUUUGUCCUCCAUGUAAGGGUGACGAGCGCCUCAACCCCGACUGGCUCUGGUCAAUGACUUCUACUGGAUGUGGAGCCACUGGGAUCCUGGAAAAUGGGACGCUAAAGACUAGGCUGUGAAGUCGAUCAGAGCACCUUCAGGGAGAGAAGCAGAGCGGCGCUAAAGCUGCUGUGCUCGUAUCCAGGCUGCUUGAAGAGAGUGGAAAGUGAAAUCCAUCUUUGCUCUGGACACUUUCUGCGUUUAAUAGAUGGGUUCAGCCUUUAAGAAGUUCUGUGUGCAGUUCUGCUGCUGCUGCUGCUGCACCAGUGACAGCGAGGACGACGAUGAGAAGCAGCCUCUGCUACCCGAGGAUCCGCUGGAAUAUUUUAACCGUGAAGUCCAGAAGCGUCGCGAUGAGGAGACCAACCUGUGGAGUGAACCCGGAGACCCCAGCCACUCAGAGAGGGACGACGACCGCACGCUCUACACCCUGUUACAGGCCAGGAACAAGACCCGCAUGGGCUCCACGGGUUAUCGGCGUCUGAGCGUUGACAUCGAGGCCAUGAGAGACACACGGCGGGAAGUGAGAGACAAAUGGAAGGCGGUCUUGGAGAAUCUAGGCUUCAUGGCCGAGGCCGACUCCCUGCUGACGGUGUCCGCCGGGGCCUCGCUGGACCGCAUGCGCAACGCCCCCACGGCGCGCGCCCUCCUGCACACGCUCCACACGGAGACCUCCAUCUUCAGCAGCAGGGAGCCGCCGCCGGAGAGAUACCUGUUCAUCCUGGAUCGCCUCCUGUAUCUGGACAUAGCCGAUGACUUUUUGGCCAAAGCGAAGCGCUUCUACCCCCCGAAAGACGACUCCGACGAGGAGCCCACGGGCCUCGCCAUCAACCUCCCGCUGCUGCUGGCCCGGGUGGAGGCCUCCAUGAACGGGGGAGGCGGCGGGGAGGACGAGGAGAGCGAGAGAGAGGACGGAGGCCUGAGUGACAGGGGCUGAAGUCUGCCAUUGCACAAAGAAGGCAGGAGGCGGCAGGCGGCAGCCUCGGAGACCCGGGCGCCCGCUUCCCAAGCAGCUGCUGCUACACGGACGGUUCUGACUCGGCCCUUUCAGCUCUGUCCCCAGACUAAACCCGCUUUAAGCUGCUUUUUGGGCGUCUUAAUGUUCUAGGAGUUUGUGGUGCGCUCCCUUCUGUUUCUUGCCUGUUCAUUGUUCUGCUGUUGCGAGGCUUCGGGGCAUCCGUGUUCCCUCGACUAGAGCCUCUCGACAUGUUGUCCUAUGAUUAUCAGCACUUCUUCUAAUCACAUGGUGAAAUGUAGUGCUGCAGAAAUAACUUGGCAAGCGGACGAAGAACGUGUGCUCGUGUCAUUCAUUUAAACCCUGUGUUUGUCUUUAAACAUUUCCAAAGGUGCAGAGACGUGGUUACUGUAUGUCGGACUUGAAAUGAGGCGGGGAUGUGCACGCGCGCGUGUGUGUGUGUGUGUGUGUGUGUGUGUGUGUGUGUGUGUGUGUGCGUGCGUGCGGGAGCCGUUCAGGCUUCGGGGGACGACGGUUUCUGUACGUUUUGCUGUGAUGCGAUGGAAUAAAGCUGCAGCUGGUUGUGUGAACUGUGA